AUGGCGGGACCUGGGGGUUGGAGGGACAAGGAGGUCACGGAUCUGGGCCACUUGCCGGAUCCCACUGGAAUAUUCUCACUGGAUAAAACCAUUGGCCUUGGUACUUAUGGCAGAAUCUAUUUGGGACUCCAUGAAAAGACUGGUGCACUUACAGCUGUUAAAGUGAUGAAUGCUCGUAAGACCCCUUUACCUGAAAUAGGGAGGCGAGUGAGAGUGAAUAAAUAUCAAAAGUCUGUCGGAUGGAGAUACAGUGAUGAAGAAGAAGAUCUCAGGACUGAACUCAACCUUUUGAAGAAGUACUCUUUCCACAAGAACAUUGUGUCCUUCUAUGGUGCAUUUUUCAAGCUGAGUCCCCCUGGCCAGAGACAUCAACUUUGGAUGGUGAUGGAGUUAUGUGCAGCAGGCUCAGUCACUGAUGUAGUGAGAAUGACCAGAAAUCAGAGUUUGAAAGAAGAUUGGAUUGCUUAUAUCUGCCGAGAAAUCCUCCAGGGCUUAGCUCAUCUUCAUGCACACCGUGUAAUUCACCGGGACAUCAAAGGUCAGAAUGUGCUACUGACUCAUAAUGCUGAAGUAAAACUAGUGGAUUUUGGAGUGAGUGCCCAGGUGAGCAGAACUAAUGGGAGGAGAAAUAGCUUCAUUGGGACACCAUACUGGAUGGCACCUGAGGUGAUUGACUGUGAUGAGGACCCCAGACGCUCCUAUGAUUACAGAAGUGAUGUGUGGUCCGUGGGAAUCACUGCUAUUGAAAUGGCUGAAGGGGCUCCUCCCCUGUGUAACCUUCAGCCUUUGGAAGCCCUAUUCGUUAUUUUGCGAGAAUCUGCUCCCAAAGUCAAAUCCAGCGGAUGGUCCCGCAAGUUCCAUAAUUUCAUGGAAAAGUGCAUGAUAAAAAAUUUCUUAUUUCGUCCUACUUCUGCAAACAUGCUUCAUCACCCAUUUAUUCGGAAUAUAAAAAAUGAAGGGCAUGUUGUUGAAUCAUUAAAGAAGCACCUUACUGGAAUCAUUAAAAAGAGACAGAAAAAAGGAAUACCUCUGAUCUUUGAAAGAGAAGAAGCUCUUAAGGAGCAGUAUACCAUGAGAAGAUUCAGGGGACCUUCUUGUACUCAUGAGCUUCUGAGAUUGCCUACCAGCAGUAGAUGCAGACCACUUAGAGUCCUGCAUGGAGAACCCUCUCAGCCAAGGUGGUUACCUGAUCGAGAAGAGCCACAGGUUCAGGCCCUUCAGCAUCUCCAGGGAGCAGCCAGGGUGUUCAUGCCACUACAGGCUCAUGACAGUGCACCUAGGCCUCUACAGGGGCAAGCCCAGGCACCUCAGCGACUACAGGGGGCAGCUCGGGUGUUCAUGCCACUACAGGCUCAGGUUAAGGCUAAGGCAUCCAAGCCCCUACAGAUGCAGAUGAAGGCACCUCCACGACUACAGAGGACAGCCUGGAUGCUUAUGCCACUACAGGCUCAGGUUAAAGCCCCUAGGCCUCUAAAGGUACAGGCCCAGGUACCCAAAGAGCAGCAGGCUCAGGCCCAGCCCCAGGCCUCAGGAGAGCCGCAGGAUCUGGACCAGGUACCAGAGGAAGUUCAAGGGCAAGAUCAGGUACCUGAACAACAGCAAAGGCAGGGCCAGGUCCCUGAACAACAGCAGAGACAGAACCAGGUACCUGAACAGCAGCUGGAGCAGAACGGGGUACCCGAGCAGCCAGAGGUACAGGAACAGGCUGCUGAGCCUACACAGGCAGAGACAGAAGCAGAGGAACCUGAGUCAUUACGAGUACAUGCCCAGGUAUUCCUGCCCCUACUGUCACAGAACCACCACGUGCUGUUGCCACUACAUUUGGAUACUCAGGUGCUCAUUCCAGUAGAGGGGCAAAAUGAAAGGUCACCUCAAGCACAGGCCUGGGCACUAGAGCCCACGCCGGCAGUUGGCUCUGUUCAAGCACUGAUAGAGGGACUAUCAAGAGACUUACUUCGAGCACCAAACUCACAUAACUCAAAGCCACUUGGUCUACUGCAAACCCUGAUGGAAAACCUGUCAUCAGACGUGUUUUACUCUCAACCAGAACAAGCACGGAAGAAAAAAUCAAAAGUUUCUAGUCUAAGGCAGGCAUUGGCAAAAAGACUAUCACCAAAGAGGUUCCGGGCAAAGUUGUCACGCAGACCUGAAGAGUUUGAGCUAUCAGAUUUAGAAGCCCACAGGCAAAGACGCCAACGCAGAUGGGAGGAUAUCUUUAAUCAGCAUGAGGAAGAAUUGAGACAAGUUGCAAAUGAAAAGGAAGAUGAAUCAUCAGAUAAUGAUGAAGUAUUUCAUUCGAUUCAGGCUGAAGUCCAAAUAGAACCAUUGCAGCCAUACAUUCCAAAUCCUAAAGAAAAUGAGGUCCAAGAGAGAUCUAUUUCUAUGCCUUACAACCAGGAUCAUGUACAUCGUGUCAAGUUCUCUUCAAGUGUUCCUCAGCGGUCUCUUUUGGAACAAGCUCAGAAGCCCAUUGACAUCAGACAAAGAAGUUCGCAAAAUCCUCCGAAUUGCCCAGCAGCAUCAGAAUCUUCUUCUGAGGAAGAGAGCCCUGUGACCAGGAGGAGGUCCCAGUCAUCACCACCUUAUUCUACUAUUGAUCAGAGGUUGCUGGUUGACAUUCAUGUUCCAGAUGGAUUUAAAGUAGGAAAAAUAUCACCCCCCGUUUACUUGACAAAUGAAUGGGUAGGCUAUAAUGCACUCUCUGAAAUCUUCCGGAAUGAUUGGUUAACUCCUGCACCUGUCAUUCAGCCACCUGAAGAGGAUGGUGAUUAUGUUGAACUCUAUGAUGCUGGUGAUGAUGAUGAUUCUAAUGAUGCUUAUGAAGAUACUUAUGACCAUGACAAUGGCUGUGAUGAGUUGGAUAACCAGGUUGAUCAGGCUAAUGAUGCUGGUGAAGACCAAGACGAUGAUGACAAUGAUGAGGUUGUUGAUGACAAAGACAAUAAUCAUGAUGAUGCUCCUAGUUGGCCAAGGCCAAGCUGUGGCAGAGGUGGAAGCUACAAGCAAGAUGGUAAAGAUGGAAGUGAUGGAGGGGAAGGAACUUUCAGCAGCAAUGGAAGCCAGAGAGCUAGUAGAAGCCACGGAGGAAGUACAGCCACUAGGGGCAGUGCAGCCAUUGGAGACCAUGAAGGACACAGAGCCAAUACAGGCAGUGGAAGAAGAGGCAAAGAGAGUAAUGGAAAUGAGGGAGUCAGUAGAACCAAUGAAGAGAGUGAAGCCCUUGAACUCAAUGGAGAAGAAAAUUGCUCAGAGAUAGAUGAUCCAGUAUUGGAGAGACCAGCAUCCCAGGAAUUUGAACAUAAACCAGAGGAGUCAGGUGGUAGAAGUGAAGCCUCAAAUGCUGUUGCCUCAGGCGCUGCACCUGCAGCACCUGGUGAUGAGAAUGACACUAUGGACAUAUCAGAAGUAUCAACAGAAUCAGAUUUUUCUGCCAGCCACUCAUCUCCUUCCAAUGGUUCUGAAGGGGCUGCAAAUGCUGAUUUUGCCAGUACCAUCUUAUAUGCUGGAUUAGUGGAAGUACCUGAGAAAUCAUCUAAGCAACCCUCUGAAGUCAAUGUUAACCCACUCUAUGUCUCUCCUGAAUGUAAAAAACCACUAAUCCACAUGUAUGAAAAGGAAUUCACUUCUGAGAUCUGCUGUGGUUCUUUGUGGGGAGUGAAUUUGCUGUUGGGAACUCGAUCAAAUCUGUAUCUGAUGGACAGAAGUGGAAAGGCAGACAUUACUAAACUUAUAAAGCGAAGACCAUUCCGUCAAAUUCAAGUUGUAGAGCCACUCAAUUUGCUGAUUACCAUCUCCGGCCAUAAGAACAGACUUCGGGUGUAUCAUUUGACCUGGCUGAGAAACAAGAUUUUGAAUGAUGAUCCAGAAAGUAAAAGAAGACAAGAGGAAAUGCUCAAGACAGAGGAAGCCUGCAAAGCUAUUGAUAAGUUGACAGGCUGUGAACACUUCAGCGUCCUGCAACAUGAAGAAACAACAUAUAUUGCAAUUGCUUUGAAAUCAUCAAUUCACCUGUAUGCAUGGGCACCAAAGUCCUUUGAUGAAAGCACUGCCAUUAAAGUGAUGUGCAUUGAUCAAUCAGCAGACUCCGAAGGAGACUACAUGUCCUAUGAAGCCUAUAUACGAAUACUGGCAAAAAUACAGGCAGCUGAUCCAGCAAACCGGUUUAAGAGACCAGAUGAGCUCCUUCAUUUGCUGAAGCUCAAGGUGUUUCCAACACUUGGUCAUAAGCCAGUGACAGUUGACCUGGCUAUUGGUUCUGAAAAAAGACUAAAGAUUUUCUUCAGCUCAGCAGAUGGAUAUCACAUCAUUGAUGCAGAAUCUGAGGUUAUGUCUGAUGUGACCCUGCCAAAUAAUCCCCUGGAAAUCAUUAUACCACAGAAUAUCAUCAUUUUACCUGAUUCUUUGGGAAUUGGCAUGAUGCUCACUUUCAAUGCUGAAGCCCUUUCCAUGGAAGCAAAUGAACAACUCUUCAAGAAGAUCCUUCAAGUGUGGAAAGACAUACCAUCUUCAGUAGCUUAUGAGUGUUCACAGCGAGCCACAGGAUGGGGCCAAAAAGCCAUUGAAGUCCGCUCUUUGCAGUCAAGGGUUCUGGAAAGUGAACUGAAGCGCAGGUCAAUUAAGAAGCUGAGAUUUCUGUGUACCCGAGGUGACAAGCUGUUCUUUACCUCUAUCCUGCGCAAUCGCCACAGCCGGGUUUACUUCAUGACCCUUGGAAAACUUGAAGAGCUCCAAAGCAAUUAUGGUGUUUAAAAGGUUCCAAUGAUUUAUUAUAAAAAUUACAAACAUCAUAAAUAUGCAAUUUGCAUUUUAAAUUUCUGAGAUUAAAUGAGCAUUCAGUUUUACUGGUAGGGAAAAAUUAAAUCAGAUACUUUUAAUGUAGCACAGAAUAGUUUUAAUGAGAAAUGUAGCUUUAUAUAUAAAAUUAACUAUAGCAAGCUCUAUGUACUCCAAUGGUGUACAAUAUCUUUUGCACAAACCUUGUAACUUUUGUUACUGUGAAUUCAAACAUUACUCUUUGGACAGUUUGGACAGUAUCCAUAUUCAGAAUUUACAACAUGGAGUUAAGAAACCUGUAAUAAGUUAGAUUCCAAACAGUUUUCAAAAGAGUUGGCCCUGAAUGAGGGGGAUUUUUUUGGAAAAAAUAAAAAUAGCAACAAACCAUAUGCAAAUUUGCCAAGUCCUAUAAAGAACCAAAGGUUAGAUUAUGAAAUGAAAAUAAUAAGGACUAAACAUAAACCAGACUAAGGCUGAACAACCGCAUGCCUGGAGAAAACUACAGUGAUAAAGGCGGAAAGGCCACCCAUUUCCUCAUUGCUCCAUGACAGUUAAGCCCACAGACAGAGAACAGUUGUGUUCUUUCACCCCAUGUUAAGCUGGUUUUCUCCUGAUAAGAAGAAAGGAAGAAAGCCUCAGAUGCUUGAUUUUCCUCAGAAACUCCAAAGAUGUGUAAUAGCUGUUUUUAAAAACCACCAAAUAAUACACUUG